AUGUAUGGGGAUGUUACUGCUGAUAGUUGGAUUAUCAGGGCAUACAAGGAAUUCAAGCGUUCUGGUCCGAGGGAUCUUACUCCGGAGAUGUUGAAGUCCAUACAUGACGCCGACAAGUCUGCUCCAAGAGGCAAAAAGGCUUAUAAGGGGAAACAGGUGGCAAAAGGAGUAAAAGGCCCAUCUCAAAAGAAGAGGAAACCCACCAAGCCUGCUCAGUCUCCACAGCUUAAGAGAAGAAAAACUCAGCCGAAGCGAAAGCUGAUUAUCGCUUCCUCCUCAAGCGAGUCUGAGGUCACCCCCUUCAACUUCCUCUUCAAGCUAUGUUGCUUUAAAUUAGAGGCAGCUGAUCCAUCCUCUCCCCAGACGGAAGCACUUUUAUGGGUCUCCUUAUUAUCGGAAGACAUAGAUGUGGAUGUAAUGCUUCAAAUUGUAAGAAGGAGAACAUGGUUACUUUAUGAGGUGUCCGGGUGAUAAAGAAUGGAACACAUGUGUGCAAAGUACAAGUUUCGGGUGGAUGCAAAUGGUUGAACCGAUAAUGAGAAUAAGUACAGAUAAGGAGUUGUAAAGCUGUCAUUUUGGCCACUGGUGUCUAUACUCCCAUUAACUUUCAUCCACUGCAAAUGAGCUUUGGAAAUGGGAAUAUGAUAAUGUACAACAAUGUAGGAUUCAAGUAAUUGAAGAUGUUUGGUAUGUUGUAAUCGAACAUUUGGUCAAUGGUGUCCCUACUCCCAUACUCCCAGGUACCAAAAUGCACCCUUUAUUAGGUAAUGUUUGGUAUGUAGUAAUUGAAAAUGGAAUAAUAUAUGUUUCCAAUAUGAUAGAUCUUAUCAGUUCACGUGUUUGAUUAACUUAAUGGUUUGGUAGUGAAAAUUUUUGUCAAAAAGAUUUCAUUUUUCUUGAUUUUCUUAAUGGAGUGCAAUUCUGGAAGAUGUAAUGUGAAUUACAUUUCUCAUGCUUUAAAAUAUGCAAACUAUUAGAAAACAUGUUUAACCGGAUGAAAGAUGGUUACGUAGUUGCUGUCAGUUGCAUAGAUUGAGAAUUUUUUUUAUGCUAAUAAUAUUUUUAAUAUUAUAUCAUUCUAUAAAACAUACUAAAAAAAACAAAACAAUCAAAUAAAAACGAAAGAAUACAAUAUGGAUUAUCCUAAUCGUAAGAACCUAACUGUUAGCAUAUAGAAGAUACUUUAGUUAUUCAUAAUUUCUUUAUUGGACAUUAAAAACUAUUAUUAAAACUAUUGUUUUUUUUCAAAGUUUAAUAUUUUACAUAAUGUGAACCAGAAUGCAGCCUUCCCGAGUUUUUUUUUUUCUAUUUUUUUCUAUUUUUUUAUUUAAUACUUAUCAUUUAUUACAAAUUUCCUUACUAACUAAAGUAAACGGCAGGUUGUUUUUAUAAUUCCAACUUACCUAGAUCAGGUCCAAUAUUUGCAUGAUGAAAAAUCUAUGUUUUCCGGUAUGUAAUCUAAUGAUGCAAUCACCUGUGAAAAUAUUACCCGAUUUCACAAAUGAGCCGGACUUGGAAUUUUGUGCCAUUAGAUUGUAGUCUGGUACAAUGGGUUUAAUAUAUUAAAGGGUGAAAAUAAUUUAGGGAUUCCUCCAUAGUUAGCUUUCAUCCUUCAUAAGUGAGAAAUUGAAGAUCUAAAUGUCUAAUUGAUCGAUUAGGAAAUGAGGCACUCAAGUCAUCAAGGUAAUCUUUUCAGCAAAGGCAAGUUCUAUCUACUUAUGUUUUCGAAUGCAUUUAAUCGUUCUUGAAAUGUUAUGAUACAAAGAAAUGAAAACUAGGAUUCAAUAAUGAACAAAUAACUGAAAGUACGUUGCUAUUUCUUGCAUUUAACAUUAUAAAGGAUUGAGUUUAAAAAGUAGCAACAUAAUU